CAAGGAAGUGCUUGAAUUUCUUACACACUGACAAACGGAACAGACAGCAAGUUGUCCUGGAGAGUGACCAGAUGUACACGUGCCCCCAUCUCUUGCCAUGGGAUGCCGUUGCUGCACUGGGAUCCUGCUAAGCAAGAAAGUCAUUACCAGAUAUGGCCCCCUUGACUGUGGACCAGAACUAUCACUCAAACUGUGCUGCAGACCUAGAAAUCAAGGUGGAGCUGUAGGUUUUGGUCAAUGCUUCUUUGCAACAAAAAGCAAAAGUUCAUGAAACUACAAAGAAAACCAGACUGAAAAGCUUUUGAACUUUGUCCUGUCCUGUUAGUCUCUGGUUAGUAGUCAAUUGCUCUGGUAUGGAGAAAAUGCUUGAGUCUUUGUGAAUGCACCCAGUGAAGAAAUCAGGAUAAUUGGCAUAUUGCUGGACAUUCCUACAAAAAGGAUCUAUAUCUGUGUCAAGAUGCUCUGAGGAAUAGCAGUCACCUUAUGAAUGUCUAGCAUUACACCAUGACUAAAACUAAUUCCAUCAUCUUCUAUUUUAUCGUGGUCUUCAUGUUAAUACUUCUCAACUUCCAAGUAUCUGAUGAAAGUGAGUUUAUAGUUGUGAGGUCAAAAGCAGGCCUCACCUGUGUUCCCAAGGACCUGCCCUUGGAAACAACCACCUUAGAUGUAUCACAAAACUAUAUAUCUGAGCUUCAGACCUCUGACAUCGUAUCAUUGUCCAAGCUGAGGAUUCUGAUAAUGUCCUACAAUAGAAUCCAGUAUCUUGAUAUCAGUGUUUUCAAAUUCAGUACAGAACUGGAAUACUUGGAUUUGUCCCACAACAAACUGGAGGUGAUUUCUUGCCACCCUACAGUCAACUUCAAGCACUUGGAUCUCUCAUUCAAUGCAUUUGAUGCCCUGCCCAUAUGCAAAGAGUUUGGUAACAUGCCUCAGCUAAAAUUUCUGGGAUUGAGUGCUAUACAGUUACAAAAAUCUAGUAUGCAGCCAAUUGCUCAUUUGAACAUCAGUAAAGUUUUGCUAGUUUUGGGAGAUAAUUAUGGGGAAAAAGAAGACCCUGAGAGUCUUCAAGACUUUAGCAUAGAGAAUCUACAUAUUGUUUUCCCCAUGAAAAAGGAAUUUCGUUUUAUGUUGGAUGUUUCAGUAAGCACUGCAGUAAGUUUGGAACUGUCUAAUAUCAAAUGUGUGGUAGAUGACAUUGAGUGCUUUUAUUUCUUAAGUGCUUUGGCAAAGCUUCGAAAGAAUCGGAGGCUAUCAAAUCUCACCUUAAACAAUGUUGAAACUACAUGGAAUUCUUUUAUUGCUAUCCUCCAGUUGAUUUGGUAUACACCUGUAGAGUAUUUCUCAGUUUCAAAUGUGAAACUACAAGGUCAACUUGCCUUCAGAAAUUUUGAUUAUUCUGACACUUCUCUGAAGGCUUUGUCGAUAUAUCAAGUUGUCACUGAUGUGUUCAGUUUUCCACAAAGUAACAUAUACAGGAUCUUUUCCAACAUGAAUAUCCAAAACUUCACAGUGUCUGGAACACGUAUGAUCCACAUGCUUUGCCCAUCUCAAGUUAGCCCAUUUCUGUAUUUAGAUUUUUCUAAUAACCUCUUAACAGACAUGGUUUUCACAAGCUGUGGAAGCUUAACUAAGUUGAAAACACUUAGUUUACAAAUGAAUCAGUUAAAAGAACUUGCAAAAAUAAUUCUUAUGACUAAGGAGAUGACAUCUCUACAAAAACUGGACAUUAGCCAGAAUUCUCUAAGAUAUGGUGAUGAUGAAAACAGCUGCUCUUGGGCUAAAAGUUUGCUAAUUUUAAAUAUGUCUUCAAAUACAUUGACUGGCUCUGUUUUCAGAUGCUUACCUCCUAGGGUCAAGGUACUUGACCUUCACAAUAACAAAAUAACGAACAUCCCUAAAGAUAUCACCCACCUACAAGCUUUGCAAGAGCUCAAUGUUGCAUCUAAUUCUUUAACUGACCUUCCUGGAUGCGGGGCCUUCAGCAGCCUUUCUGUGCUGGUUAUUGACCAUAAUUCAGUUUCCCACCCCUCAGCCGAUUUCUUCCAGACCUGCCAGAAGAUUAGCUCCAUAGCAGCAGGGAACAACCCAUUCCGAUGUACAUGUGAGCUGAGAGAAUUUGUCAAAAAAAUAGGCCAAGUAUCAAGAGAAGUGGUGGAGGGCUGGCCUGAUUCUUACAAGUGUGACUACCCAGAUAGCUCCAAGGGAACCCCACUGCAGGACUUUCACAUGUCUCCACUGUCCUGCAAUACUGUUCUGCUGACUGUCACCAUCGGGGUCACCAUGCUGGUGUUGGCUGCCACUGUGGCCUUCCUCUGCCUCUACUUUGACCUGCCCUGGUAUCUCAGGAUGUUGUGUCAGUGGACCCAGACCCGGCGCAGGGCUAGGAACAUUCCCUUAGAAGAACUCCAGAGAAAUCUCCAGUUCCAUGCCUUUAUUUCAUAUAGCAGCCACGAUUCUGCCUGGGUGAAGAGUGAAUUAUUACCAAACCUAGAAAAAGACGAUAUCAGGAUUUGCCUCCAUGAGAGAAACUUUGUCCCUGGCAAGAGCAUUGUGGAAAAUAUCAUAAAUUUCAUUGAAAAGAGUCACAAGUCCAUCUUUGUAUUGUCUCCCCACUUCGUCCAGAGUGAGUGGUGCCAUUAUGAACUCUACUUUGCCCAUCACAAUCUCUUCCAUGAAGGGUCUGAUAACUUAAUCCUGAUCUUGCUGGAACCCAUCCCACAGUACUCCAUUCCUAGCAGCUACCAUAAGCUCAAAACUCUCAUGGCACGGAGGACUUAUUUGGAAUGGCCCAUGGAGAAGAGCAAACAUGGACUUUUUUGGGCAAAUCUAAGAGCAUCCAUUAAUGUUAGGUUGAUAGACUGAGCAGAAGAAAUAAAUCACACACAGGGCUAAAAUAAUAUUCUUAUCAUUGUUGCUACUUUUGGAAGUUCUAAUAAUGCUGUUAUUUUUCAUCAACAUGAAGUUAAAAUGAUUUUGACUUUAUGGAGCAGUAAAUAAUGUGUGCUUUUAAACUCUAGUUUACCAUUUGUGUGUGGGAAUAAAAAAUACUAGAAUGCACUAAUUUUGGUUUUAAACCAUUAAUUUCAAACAUAUAUUCUUUGCUGUAACUAAAUUCAUUGACUUUAUCAUGAAAUCAGCCGUGGAGAUGAAUGUUUCUAUGUGCCAGGGUUAACAGAAGAGAACUCUGGCUCCUAAUUCACUUUGCGUUGGUUUUCCCUUUCUUCUUUGUGGAUUCACUCUUCUGAAUCUCUUCAUGCUUGGGCCCUGAUAGUACUUUUCUAUACAAAUAGCCUGUAUAUAAAGCUCUUGUCUCAGUCUCCACUUAAUUUGAGGAGUUGAAGGGUGGAGGGUAACAUAUGCUGUAUGUUACUGAAUAUACUACUAGUUUAUUUUUGUAAAA